AGUAACGGAGCGGCACUUUAUUCCAACGCCACUGGCUGGAUACACAGAAUUCGCCGCGUCUCCGCCGAGUGAACGCGUCCGUGAAAAAUAAAAAAUAAACUUUUAAAUUUGGAACUGUCAGUUUUGUCGCGCUUGUUUUGAAUUCGGUUGUGUGUUGUUUUCCAAAAUGGAGGGUUGCGGCAGUAGAUGUAUAAAAUAUUUGCUGAUCGUCUUCAAUGGAUUGUUUAUGAUCUUCGGUAUCGUCAUAAUAGCGACAGCAUGCGUGGACAUGGGGAUGAUCCAGGGCUUCGCUGACAUGCAAAGUGGACACGAAACGGACGCCGUACUUAUAGCAGUCGGCGUUCUCAUCAUUAUAGUGGCUGCAUUUGGGUGCUUCGGCGCGUGGAAAGAGAGCCCUAAGCUUCUGUAUAUUUUCGUCGGUUUACUGAUCAUCAUCAUCCUCCUGGAGCUGUCCGUGGGUAUCGCGGCGGCAGCGCUGCGCCCCCAGAUCGAGGAGUCCAUGAAGGCCAACCUGCGCAAGUCCUUCAUUAACAACAAGUCGCUGCGCGAAGAGGAUAACGAUUAUCGUGCCUUCUGGGACCGCAUUCAGUCUAACCUCCAAUGCUGCGGUAUCACCGGCCCCAAUGACUACCGCGCCAACGACCGCGGCCAGGCCGCCAUCAACCCCACCUACAGCUGCUGCCCUCCCGACAACUCCGACAAAUCUGCCGAGAUCAAGCGCUCCGAGUGCCUUAACGCGGGAUCGUAUUACGAGCAGGGGUGUGAGGACAAGGUGCUCAGUGCGAUCCAUAGUGCGGGAAUGACUGUUAUUGUCUGUGGGCUGCUCUUCUGCUUUUUGGAGGUUGCUGGUAUCGUCCUCGCCCUUUGGUUGGCGCACGCUAUUAAAACUCAAGGAAAGAGCCGAGACACGGCUUAAGUAUUUACUUGAAUUGUAUUGCAAGAAAUAGAAACAUCAGUAGGUACCUAUUCUUACGACCGACCUGAGUUGGUCGUGGCAGAAUCUUAAUUCGUUUGCUGCAAUUGUUUACUGAUUGAAAAAAAUGCAAGAUUAUUCUCCAUUUUUGGAAUCCAUUAAACAAUGUAUUCUAGCUCUCUUGAAAUCUCUCUUUAAUAUGUUGUCUCAAUUAUAUUUAAGCUAAGAGUAUAACGAUUUUUCAUUGGAUGGUUUAGUUAGACAUAGUAUUUAAAUAACGAGUAGCUAACUAGCUACUGUAAUUAUUGUUUUAAUAUUAAUAGAUUACCUAUUUAAUAGAAAAAAAUAUUGUCACUGCAUCGUUU